CGAGAAUGGUGCAAACAAGGAGCAACGUCCCCACCACCAGCCACGUCGUUGGCGAGGAGAACGCGUCGGGCAGCGACAAUGGUACGGGCGGCAUUGGUUCGACUCCGGACGCGGUCCAGGCGCUGUUCGGCUUGGGGGUGACCGCGGAGCAGCUCUAGGCAGCCGUUGCGGCACUUUCCGCCAUGGGUGGGAACGUGCCCGGCGCCGGAGUUGGCAAAGCUCCGCCCAAUCUCCAUGGCGAACACGCUGCCACUUCCCAACACAAGGGGAAGAAGACCCGGAGGAGUAGAAGGAGGCCCGGCAAGGCCCCGGCAAUCGAGGAGGUGAUUGUGGAGGACGUCCCGGAUGAGGAGGACGAUGAGUCCAGCGAGUGCCAAGUGUCAACCUUCAGGCGCUUAGGAGGGGAAGAGACCCGGGUGUCGGCCUUCAACAGGCUCGACCGCGGACCUGAAGUUUGCCCGGGCGACCUCCGCCGACAAAUAGCCAAAGGCAAGCGGAGGCAUGCUGAGGAGUCUGCAACAUCGGAUGCUCGCUCGGCGAGGUCCGAGCGGAGCGGAGAGAGGCGGGAGGAGCGCACCCAGCGUCGCCAUAGCCCGACGAGAACUGAGAAGACAAAGGUCUCUGACCAAGGAGUGUCUCGGCUCGCACGUGAGGUUGCCGAGCUUAAGCGCCGAGUGGAGACCAGGGCUCCCUACAGCCAACCCAUCUUGCGGACGUGUCGAUGCUUUCUCGCGACGCUGGAGGGCUCUGCGUGCGAUUGGUUCAACCGGCUCCCGAAGGGAACUAUUGACGAUUGGGAUACACUGGCGGAGAGGUUCUUGACGCAUUUCGCGGCAAACCGAAGGCAGAGGCUCCCUUACUCCCACCUGCUCAACAUAUGCAUCCGCAAGGGAGAGAAGGUCCGCGACUUCAUAGUCCGGUGGGAACAGGAAGCCAGAGACGUGCAUGGGGCGGAUGACCAAGCGUUGGUGGCCAUGUUCCAAGCAGCCCUUCCCCGCGGAGAAGUGAGGAAGGAGCUCCGCAAGAAUCCUCCCCCCACGUACCAAGAGACCUUGGCGCGCGCUAAGUUCCUAGCCUCGGAGGAGUUCGAUGAUGUUCCCGACUCUGAGCCCGCGCCCGCCAAGCGAGCUCCUGCAGACUCCAGAGAGGCCGCGAAGAAGAGAAAGAAGAAGAAAGAUUACACCGCGGGCCCGAGGACGCCUUCGGCUGGUGUGUACUCCGUGGGUGCGCCCGUGGGGACGGGUCGAGAGCUUGCCCUCUUCUCGCUCCCGCAUAAGGAGAUGCAGAGACUCAUCGCCCGAGGGCCGCCUCCCCGAGAUGAUGGAGCAGCCCCAUCUCGGGGGCCGCCGGAAGGAAGAACUUGGAGAAAUCCGGCCGAACCGGUCGCGGUGGCCACGCAGGCAAGGAACCCCGAGAAGAGGCACAUUGGGCGAGAGUGUGAUGAUCUAGACGAGGACGAAGCCCAAGGAUAUCUGAUGGGAUUCUUCCAUGGAGGAAACAUUGGCGGGGACUCCGUCGCUCAAAGGAAGAGGUGGAAGCACAUGGCCUUCGUCGCCAAAGUCCAUCAGGCGCCGGCGCCCAAGAACGGAAGACGUGAGCAAAUCCAAUUCACGGAGAAGGAUCUUCCGAACACGCCGAGCCCCCACCGGGAUGCCUUGGUCGUGAAGCUGGAGAUUAACAAUGCCAUAGUGCACCGCACCUUGGUGGACACGGGAAGCUCGGUCAACAUAAUGUAUGAGAAGACCUUCCAAGACCUCGUCUUGGACCGCAAGGACUUAAGGCCUGUGUGCACUCCACUCUCCGGGUUCACGGGGGACUCCAUCGAGGCCGAAGGAGUCAUCGCCGUGCCCGUGAUAGUAGGGGAUGGUGCGCACAAGGCCAAGCUGAAGAUGGAGUUCAUGGUUGUAAGCAUCAACUGCGCGCACAACAUGAUCCUAGGACGGCCCGGCCUUGAGGACUUGGAAUGUGUGAUCUCCCCAUACUACUUGUGCAUGAAGUUUCCCACUCCUUCGGGAAUCGGGGUGGCGAGGGGAGACCAAAAGUUAGCUCGAUCGUGCUACGUCCGUAUCACGAAGAAAUUGCCAAGGGAUGAGACGUUGGUCGUGCACGCACAAGAGGAAAGGCGGAAGCUGGGAGCACGACCCAAGGCCGAGCCCGCCGAGGAGGUCGAGGAAGUGUCGCUCGACCCUCAGACACCCGAGCAGAAGGUGAAGGUCGGGGCGAGCCUAACUGGGAGCCAGCGGAAGCGCUUGGUGGGCGUGCUCUCUGCCUACCGCAUGAUCUUUGCGUGGGGCCCCGAGGAUAUGCCGGGGUGGAUCCCAAGGUACUCAGUAGCCGAAAAGACGGUCCUGGCCGUGGUUUCGACUGUGCAGCGGCUAACACCCUACUUCCAAGCUCACCCGGUUCAGGUGCUCUCCCAACAACCCAUAGGAGCGCUGCUCAGGAGCCCGAACGCGCCCUCGCGCAUGUCCAAACGGGCGGUGUUCCUUGGAGCUUUCCAGAUCAAAUUCAAGCCAAGGCCAGCGAUCAAGGGCCAAGCGCUAGCUGACUUCGUGGUGGAGUGCACCGCUCGGGAGGAGCCGAGCCUCGAAGAGCCGGAAGCCGAUGACUGGUGGAUAGUUUUUACCGACGGCUCCUCCGCCGCCAAAAACUCGGGGGGUGGAGUGGUAGUCAUUGCGCCCGAAGGCUUCAGAGUGUAUUACUCAAUUCGAUUAAGUUUCAAGGCAUCAAAUAAUGAAGCGGAAUAUGAAGCGCUCUUGUGCGGGCUACGCCUAGCAGCCGGGAUGAACGCAACAAAGCUAAGGGUAAAGUGUGAUUCAAAGCUGGUGGUUGGCCACGUCUCGGGAGAGUUCGAGGCGAAGGACGAAAGAAUGAAGAAGUACAGAGAUACCGCUCUAGAGUUACUUAAGAGUUUCACCGCGUAUAGUGUGGAGCAGAUCCCUCGGGCGGAGAAUGCCGAGGCAUAUAUCUUGUCGAAGCUGAGCUCGGACAUGCCCGAGCACAUCAGGCGGAUGGCGAACGUGGAAGAGUUGUCCGAGCCGAGCAUCCAUGCCUUCCCCGUGGCGAUGAUCUGUGCUCGGCCAAGAGAUUGGAUGGACGACAUAGUUGCUUUCUUGAAGGAUGGCGCCCUCCCGGACGAUGCAAUAAAGGCCAAGUUGGUCCGGACAAGGGCACCUGGGUACACUUUGGAGGGUGAAAAGCUAUACAAGCGAGCAUACAAUGGUACGCUGCUCAGGUGCCUCCGACCAGCUGAAGCGGAGCAGGUCAUGGAGGAGGUGCACGCGGGGAUCUGCUCCGCCCACCAAGGAGCCUACGCGGUGUCAAGGAAGAUAACCCUCCAAGGAUAUUUUUGGCCAACAAUUGUUAAGGAUUGCGCGGAGUUUGUGAGAAAGUGCAAGGUGUGCCAAGAGUUCCAGAAGGUACCAGGGAGGCCUUCAACAAACUAUACCCCCAUCAGCACAGCUAUCCCGUUCGCGCGGUGGGGGGUGGACCUCGUGGGUGCGCUUCCUAGAGGUACCGGGAACGUGCGCUACGUCAUUGUAGCCAUUGACUACUUCACCAAGUGGGUGGAGGCGGCCCCAUUGGCAAGCAUCACUGGAGCUCAAUGCCAGAAGUUUCUCGCAAAGCAAGUCAUCUGCCGCUUCGGCGUUCCCGAGCACGUAAUCACAGACAAUGGAACACAAUUCGAGUCCAAGCCCUUUAAUGACUUUCUCGAGAGUUGGGGGAUCAAGCACAGUUAUGCGUCGGUUGGGUACCCGCAGACAAACGGGCAGGUCGAGAACGCCAACCGAACGAUAGUCGAUGGGCUGAAGCGAAAGUUGGAAGCUUGUGGAGGGGAGUGGGCAGAGGAGUUGCCCUAUAUCUUAUGGACCUACCGGACCACGCCCCGAAGGGCAACUGGGGAAACUCCUUUCGCUCUAUGCUACGGAUUCGAGGCAAGGGCACCCACAAAGAUCUCCAUCGCAACCCACCGGGAAGAGGUCUUUGACCCCGAGCGCAAUGAGGAAGCCCUGGCAGCCGAGCUCCACCUCGUACAUGAAAAACGAGAAGCGGCCUUCAUACGGGUGGAGAAUUACCGAAGGAAGGUGAAGAGCUACCAUGAUGGGCGCGUGCGCGCGCGGGGGUUCGUUGAAGGAGAUUGGGUGCUGCGCAAGAGGGCAGUGAGUCGCCCCCUAGAAGGAGGAAAGUUCGCCAAAAAUUACGAAGGCCCAUACAUCAUCAAAGAAGUGGUGGGACCUUCAACAUUCCGCCUGCAGACGCCGAGCGGAGGGGACGUGCCCAGAACGUGGAAUGCCGAGAACUUAGUUAAGUUUCAUCAGUAGACUUCUGAUGUACACGGACCCCAAAAUGGGAACCCGCAGAUCUUUUCGGUUGAGCUCAAUGGAAGUUUUUUUUUUUGCGAAAAGAGCUUGCUUGAACACG